GUCAGUGGACUGACAAUGGCGACGGUGGCCACCUCUAGUAGGCGACCCUACCAUGUGGUGGUAUUCGGAGCCAGUGGCUUCACCGGGCAGUAUGUGGUGGAGGAGGUGGCGAAAAGGCUCGGAGAGGGACCCGAGCGUAACCUGAAAUGGGCGAUUGCAGGACGCAGCCGUGGGAAGCUUGAGAAAGUCCUUCAGCGGGUCGCCAAUAACCUCGACAAGCCAGAGCUGAAGUGUGCAGUGGAGGUCAUCGUAGCGGACGUGGGCCAGCCUGAAUCCCUCGCCAUCAUGUGCAAACAGGCUGUUGUUGUGCUCAACUGUGUGGGGCCAUACAGGUUCUAUGGGGAGCCAGUGGUGAAAGCAUGCAUUGAGAACGGAGCACAUUACAUCGACAUCUGCGGAGAACCACAGUUCCUGGAGGGCAUGGAGCUGUUUCUGGGGCGUAAGGCGCAGGAGAGCGGCGUGUAUGUGAUCGGCAGCUGUGGCUUCGACUCCAUCCCAGCAGACAUGGGCAUCCUGUACACAAGACAACAGUUCAAAGGCACCCUUACGGCAGUGGAGAGCAUCCUGACGGUCACCACAGGCCCGGAGGGAGGCUGUGGCCACGAUGCCACGUGGAAGUCAGCCGUCUUUGGGUUUGCGGACGCGGCUAAGCUGCGUUUCUUCAGGCAACAGUUCAACCACAAGCCGCUGCCGGUGCUUGGUCCCAGGCUCAGCAAGAGGGGUUCUGUCUUCUUUUGUAAGGGGAUAGGCCAGUACGCUGUGCCCUUUGUGGGCUCUGACGCCUCAGUGGUGAGAAGGACUCAGCGGUACCUCUACGAGGAACACCAGCAGACGCCUGUGCAGUACUGUGCGUAUGCAGGUGUGGGCGGCCUGUGCUCGGUGCUGAGGCUGCUCUGGUCUGGGUUCUUCUUCUGGCUGCUGGCCAAGUGCAGCAUGGGACGCAGCCUGCUGAUUAACUUCCCUGAGUUCUUCUCCAGAGGGAUGUUCACUACAGCAGGGCCGACACAGAAGCAGAUGGAAGGUACCAGCUUCUGCAUGACGUUCUGUGGGGAGGGCUACAGCAAAGGUCAUGACCCCUCGCAGAGCAAACCCAACAUGAAGAUCACCACAGAGAUCAGAGGGCCUGAGCCCGGUUACGUGGCCACCCCUAUCCUCAUGGUCCAGGCAGCUAUGACCCUCCUCAAUGAGCCCCACGCCCUGCCCGACAGGGGUGGUGUGUUUACUCCAGGGUCUGCGUUUGCCAGGACGUCCCUCAUCCAGCGCCUGCAGCAGCGCGGCCUGCAGUUCACCGUCAGGGGCCAGCAGGGGGCCUCUUGAGCACAGCAGCAGCAACACACACGCACACACACACUCACACACACACACACACACACAUGCACCCGCGCACACACACACACACACACACAC